UUUGCUUUAUUUUUAAAUUGUUGUGUGUUUUGCCUUUAAUUCACUGAUCGUUCCUGUAGAUCUGCAGAAUACCGCAAUGCCAGAUGAACGGGCUAUCAUGACCUAUGUGUCAUCGUACUAUCAUUGCUUCAGUGGUGCACAAAAGGCUGAAACUGCUGCCAACCGAAUUUGUAAGGUUCUGAAGGUUAACCAAGAAAAUGAAAAGCUUAUGGAAGAGUAUGAGCGGCUGGCAAGUGAUCUUCUAGAAUGGAUUCGUCGCACGAUGCCAUGGUUGAGCUCCAGACAAUCGGAUAGUACCCUUGCAGCAGUUCAAAAAAAAUUGGAAGAGUAUAGAACAUACCGACGCAAACAUAAGCCACCACGCGUUGAACAAAAAGCGAAGUUGGAAACAAAUUUCAAUACGCUCCAGACAAAAUUGCGCCUUUCGAAUCGCCCAGCCUACAUGCCAACCGAAGGAAAAAUGGUGUCCGAUAUUACAAACUCUUGGAAGGAUUUGGAGCAUGCGGAGAAAGCCUUUGAGGAAUGGCUUUUGGCUGAAACCAUGCGCUUAGAACGAUUGGAACAUUUGGCUCAAAAGUUCAAACACAAAGCGGAUACGCACGAAGAGUGGACAAAGGGUAAAGAGGAAAUGCUACAAUCGCAAGAUUAUCGUAAUUGCAAACUCAAUGAGCUCAAGGCGCAAAAGAAAAAACAUGAAGCUUUUGAAUCGGAUUUGGCCGCACAUCAAGAUCGCGUUGAGCAAAUAGCUGCUAUUGCUCAGGAGUUAAAGUAAGUAAUGACAUACAUC